AAAAAAAAGAUAAUGACAUGACAGCAGUAUGUGAUUGCUGGCCUGAGUGUGUAUGUGUAGAACAAAAUGUCAGGUUCAAAUAAAUUGACGCUGCGCGUGCAGUCGGCGGAGGGCACAACGCGCGUGGAUAUGUCCAGCUCUGACGUAACGGCGGCUCUGUACGAGCGCGUGCAUGACGCGCUGCACCUGCGCUCGUUCGCCUUCGCGCUGCACCGAGAUCGUGCUAAGCAGGAUGAGCUCGUCUCCAGCAAGUCUCAGAGGCUCUGUGACGCUGGCUUACGCCACGGCGAUAUGCUGUAUCUCAGCCCUGUUAAUGGUGCUAUUAUCUUUGAGCCAUCAGACACUGCACAGGCCACUACUGCGGGACCAUCACACAUGGAAGCCGGGCCGUCCACGCCCAUGGAGACAACUACCCCGGCUUUGUCUAAGAAUAGUAAAACAAACAAGCCAGCUGAGGACGAAUUAGAUCUGCAGCUAUAUCAGAUGCCUGGUCACAUUCAACGCCAGAGAGAUCCUAAAUUGUGCAGACACAAUUCGUCAGGGUGCUGCGUACACUGCUCCCCGCUGGAGCCCUGGGAUGAAGGCUACCUGCGUGAACACAACAUCAAGCACAUGUCGUUCCACUCUUAUCUGCGCAAAAUCACUUCCGGCAAGUUUGUCUCGCUGACAGAGCCGAACCUUACUAUUAAACCAGGUUGUACGGAGCAUCCUCCCUGGCCGCGCGGCAUCUGCUCCAAAUGCGCUCCCGGAGCCCUAACCCUGAACAGGCAACCGUUCCGCUUCGUCGACAAUGUUCUGGUCGAGUCAGCGGCUGUCGUUGAACGGUUCCUGGGCUACUGGCGCACUUCGGGGCAUCAGCGAGUCGGUUAUUUGAUUGGACAAUAUGAGCAUCACCCGUUGGUGCCACUAGGCAUCCGUGCGAGAGUAGAAGCGAUCUACGAGCCGCCGCAGACGUCAUCCCGCGACCACGUCACCAUAGCCCCCGACCCUAAAGGGCAGCUGGUGGAGCACAUCUGCUCCAAGCUAGGGCUCCGGCGGGUGGGCUGGCUGUUUACUGACCUGCUGCCGCUACAGGACAAGCCGGGGCAGGUGCAGUGCACGAGGGGCGUAGACACGCAUUUCCUAUCUGCUCAAGAAUGCAUAAUGGCGGCGCACUUCCAGAAUGAGCACCCGAACGCGUGCCGGCACGCGGACAGCGGUUACUAUGGAUCCAAGUUCGUCACCGUGGCGGUUACAGGCGACAGCACGAACCAGAUCCACCUGGAGGGCUACCAGGUGUCUGCGCAGGCGCAGGCCCUGGAGCGCUGCGGGCUGCUGCUGCCCACGCGGGACGCGCCCGACCUGGGCUAUGUGCGCGACCCCACGCCGGACCGACCCGUGCCCGACGUCUAUUAUAAGGAAAAAGACGCGUAUGGCAACGAAGUGUCCGUCUCUCUCCGAAGGGUCCCCGUAGCGUACCUACUAGUGGACGUGCCCUGCGGCGUGAGCACCAACGCCUCCCCCCUCCUCAGCCCGCGGGCGGCCUUCCCCCCCGCGCACCGCCCGCUGCCGCAGUAUCUGCAGACGAGGGAAGCGCUGCACAAGCAUCUGGAAGAUUCUGAGAGUUUCUUAGAGGCGAUGUCCGAUCUCCACACGCUGGUGUACGUGGCCAGCAACGAGACGCUGCCGAUCCCGCUGGAGGCGCUGGACGCGCUGCUGGCGGCCGUGCGCGCGCGCGACGCGCUCGCCGCCGAGCGGUGGCGCGCCGACACGCCCGCCUGGGCCACGCUAGAGCACCUGUGUGCGGCUCAGGACGACCAGAUGGCAGCAUCAGUGGGCGACGAGAGCGGGGUGUGGACGUGCGGGAUCUGCACCUUCCACAACUCCAUGCGGCGCGACGCGUGCGAGAUGUGCGCCAUGCCGCGGUGA